AAAAGAAAAAAAAAAAAAAAAAGAUGGUAUCAACAAUAACAUCCAAGUCACUUAAAGUGAUCAUUGUGGGUUGCGGGAUCGGCGGAUUAGUGACAGCUAUAAUGUUGGAUCAUGCUGGGAUCGAUUAUAUCAUACUGGAGAAAAGGAUAGCUCAUGGGUUCAUGGGGAGUGCGAUCGCACUUUCACCUGUCGUGCUUCGCGUGCUUGAGCAAAUUGGGGUUUAUGAGGAUCUACAUCGACUCAGUAAAGAGUUCAGUCGAACCAAUGUGACGAUGGCAGACGGCAAGAAAAUAGGCGUCAUUGAAGGAGAUUUUUCAAAGUCGCGAUAUGGUUACUAUAACGAGAUUUUAGCACGUCCAGAUCUGAUGAAGGUGCUUCUGUCGAGAGUUGCACCGCAUAAGAUCAAGAUGGGCAAGAAGGUCCUUCGGGUGAUUGAACACGCAGACCAUGUUGGUGACCGACCAAGGUCCAUUCAUUCAGGCUCAGUUUCUGUUUACUGUUCUGAUGACAGCGAGUAUAAGGCUGACCUCGUCAUUGGAUGUGAUGGUGCAUAUUCGACUGUCAGGCAACGCUUAUACCAGAACAUGCAGGCCGAAGGCAUUACUGUUCCUGAAGCAGACUUUGCACCCUUUCGGUUUGAUCAACAUUGUCUAGUUGGAGUGACUAGGCCACUAGAUCCAGAGUUAUAUCCUGCGCUUAAAGAGCCUUUAUGUGAAUUUGAAGUGAUUCUUGCUAAGGAUUACUCAUAUUCUGUUUGGUUGAUGCCGCUUAAAAACAACUGUAUCUCCUGGAUGAUUAACGCAAAAGCUUUUUCAGGGCAGCGUCAGUAUCACGGUCGGAGUCAGCAUCAACAGCAAUAUCAGCAGCAACGAUCUGGAUCUGGAUCCAUAUUUCAAAGAGGAAAAGGAAGUCAUGAGAACCCACCCGAAGAGAACUUCAUUUUCCCAGAAUGGGGACCUGAGGAUGCUGCCGAGGAGCUUUGUAAUAAAGUCCGAGGGUUUAGGUCACCAUACCAUAAUGGAACAGUUGAAGAUUUGCUUAGUCAGACACCCAAGGAUGUCAUUUCAAAAGUUAUGCUCGAGGACAAAAUGUUUGAAACCUGGCAUUCUAACCGAGUUGUAUUAUUAGGAGAUGCAUGCCAUAAAGUCGUCCCUUUCGGCGGCCAGGGCGCAACACAAGCGAUUUUGGAUGCAGUCGCACUUGUGGAAAUACUACACACACUACCUUCGACCGCAGCCAAAGACAUCUCUCAAGCCCUCCAAUUGUACCGAGAGAAGCGUUAUCCAAUUGCACAAGCAGCCAUAACAGCCUCACGGCAAGGAGGAGCCAUCUUUAGUAGUAAGGGUGUUUUUAUGGAUGUCCUUCGAGCAUGCACGUUUCGGUUCAUGCCUCGUUGGUUAUAUCAAAUGACAGCCGAUCGCGCACAAGCAUCACGCCCCAUUCUAUCUUUCCUGCCUGCUGUACCGGAUCGUGGAUCUCUUUGCACCACUGCAGCAUUCCAUGGGUAUGUACGAAUCCUGAAGAUCGAUACUGGGAUCCAGCUCUGCAACAUCUUUGGUAGUACUAUCAGCAUCUCGAUCCGUUCCUCCAGUUGGCGUCAAGCGAUCAACUCUAGAAUCCUGCCUCCGCACCUGAAGACGCCUCUUUGUUGGCGAGAGCAUAUGACUGUGCGCAUCCACGAUAUGAUAGUCUGAAGAAAUACUGAGUUUAUAAUCUUAAUUAUCGUCCAUGCUCUUCUUCAAGAUCCUAUCCUGAGAGUUAAACGAGUGCUUGAGAAUAGAUUGAAGAGAAGAAAGAGUAGAUGAAACU